AUGAAGUCUGCACUCUCACUUGUCGCGCUCACUUCCCUCGUCGGCUCAACCGUAGCCGACGAAUACCUGUUCAGCAGCCGUUAUGCCUUGAACAAGCGUGAUAUUGACGCCGAGGGCAAUUGGAACGUCUCCUUCUUCCACAUCAAUGAUGUCCAUGCCCAUUUGGAUGAGUUCUCCUCAUCCGGCACUGACUGCACCAACCCAGCAAAGGGCUGCUACGGUGGCUACUCCCGCAUCAAGUCCAAGGUCAAUGAGCUCCAGGCCGCUCACCCCGACAGCAUGUGGAUCAACGCGGGAGAUGAGUUCCAAGGCACCAUGUUCUACAGCUACUAUGGCGGCGAGAAGAUUGCAGAGGUGCUCAAUGACCUCGAGUUCGACAUCAUGACCCUCGGAAACCACGAGUGGGAUGGCGGCGAGACCAAGCUGGGUGCUUUUCUCUCCAACCUGACCUUCCCCAUCGUCUCUUCCAACGUCAAGUCGGAGAAUCCUGCGCUCAAGCCCCAUAUCAAAAACUACCAGGUCUGGGAGGACAAGAAUCUCGCCAUCAUCGGCGCGACUUCCGCGGACACCCCGUCCAUCUCAAGUGUAGGCAACCAGACCACGUUCGAGGAUCCCAUCAAGACAAUCCAGGAGGCAGUCUACGAGAUCCGCAACAACACCAAGGUCAAGUACAUCGUCGCCCUGACGCACAUCGGCUACGACGUUGACCAGAAGCUCGCCGCCGAGACCGAAGGCAUCGACCUCAUCAUCGGCGCCCACAGCCACACCCUCCUGGGCGACAUGAAGGGCGCCGAGGGCAAGUACCCCACCAUCGUCAACAACACCAAGGGCGAGGAGGUCUUCAUCGUCACCUCGUACCGCUGGGGCGAGUACCUGGGCUCCAUCAACCUCCUCUUCGACAAGGACGGCAAGAUCACCGGCUACCACGGCGCCCCCAUCCACCUGACCAACCAGACCGCCCAGGACCACGCCCUCCAGGCCAAGAUCGACGAGUGGCGCGUGCCCUUCGAGGCCUUCGCCGCCGAGGUCAUCGGCUCGACCUCCGUCGCCCUCGACCAGACCAAGUGCAAGACGGGCGACUGCCUCCUCGGCCAAGUCAUGGCCGACGCCAUGUACGAAUACCGCGCCAACCAGACCGAGGGCGACAAGAAGCCCGACUUCGCCUUCCACAACUCGGGCGGCGUCCGCGCCACCAUCGACGAGGGCGACAUCACCCGCGGCGAGGUCCUGACGUCCUUCCCCUUCGGCAACGCCAUGGUCGAGCUCACCUUCUCCGGCGCCGACCUCCGCAAGGUCUUCGAGGGCCUCGUCUCCGCGAACAACCAGUUCAACGGCAAGGAGGUCAGCUCCUGGUUCCAGGUCUCGAGCGCCGUGCGCGUCGAGCACAACCCGGCCAACGAGGUAGGCAAGCGCCUCGUGAAAGUGACCAUCGGCGGCGAGGACCUCCACGACGCGCGCGAGUACCGCCUCGUCACCCUCGACUUCCUCGCCGGCGGCGGGGACAACAUCCUCGAGAAGCAGAGCGGGUUCGCCGUCCUCGAUCUGCAGGAGGACGUGCUGAACCAGUACAUCAAGGCGCACAGCCCCAUGAGCCCGAAGCUGCAGGAGCGUGUCGUCAAGACGGACGGCCAGGCCUCGAAUAACUCGAACAGCACCGGUGGCGACUCCGGCGACCAGGGCAGUGGGAGCAGCAUGGCUUCUGUGUCUGUUUGGACCGCAUUGGCUGCCGGCUUGAUGUUCGCGGUUGCUCUGUAG